AAAGAAAUUAGAAAAAGAAUUAAAGCUCGGGAGUUAUUGAAGGAAGAAUUAGAGGAGAAGGAUGAUAAAAAUAAAGAGUUAGAAAAAGAAUUAUUAAUUGUAGAACAAUUAAAAAAAGAUAACAAAUCUUUGCGGGAACAAUUAUUGGAGCCGUGGGGUGGUAGAUUAGUUCAAAAGUUAGAACUUGAAAAGAAAGAGUUGGCAGAAUUAAUAGACAAUGUUGAAUAUGAAUUGAUGGAAGGGUCUAAUUCUUCUCAAAGACAAGAUUUAAAAGAGGAUUUGGAAAAAUUAUUAGAGGCACAAAAAACGAUUAGUCGUUAUUUCAAAAAUGCUAAGAAAAUAGAAGAAAUUUGUCAAAAACAAGUAGAAAUCACAAAUUUAGAAGUUCGUUUGCGUAGGUUGAAAGAGAUAGAUGCUAGAAACAUUCUCUUAAUUGGUCGUACCGGUAGUGGUAAAUCUACCUUGGCUAAUGUAUUAAGUAAUUCUAACAAGUUUGAAGAAAGUGAUGGUAGUGUUAGUAAAACUAGAGACAUUCAGUUGGGAGAAUUUGAAGAAAAAAAUAUUCUCUAUAAAGUGAUUGAUACCGUCGGAAUUGGCGAUACUGAAUUGUCCGAACAAGAAGUUUUAGAUAAAAUAGCCGAAACCGCUUAUUAUUCAAGAAAAGGAAUCAAUCAAAUACUGUUUGUCGUUAAAGGAAGAUUUGAUAAAACAAAAAUAGCUGCUUAUAAUUUAGUGAAAGGUGUUUUCGCAAAGGAUAAGGAUAUUAGUGAUUAUAUUACUAUUGUAAGAACUGAUUUUUCCAAUUUUCGUGAUGAAACCAAGUGUAAGGAGGAUAUUAAAGAAAUGAUUGCUAAUGGUGGUGAAUUAUCAGAGAUAAUCAAAGAAGCUGACCAAAAAGGGAGAAUUAUUCAUGUAAAUAACUAUGAUAAACAAGUUGAGGAAUUUAAAAUUUAUGAAACUAGUAAUACUUUGUCUUUUUCUAGUAAUUAUCAGUAUGUUUUUGGUUCUUUGUCUGAAAAGAAAAGUCAAAAUAAUCCAAAAGUCCCUCCCAAGACACCACCAAAAAAUAAUAAUCCCUCACCUAAUCAAGAACUACAAAAAGAGCCAGGAAUUUUAAAAGUAGUUUUAAUAACCGGUGGAAUUGUGGCAGGAUUAGAGCAAGAAGGAUUAACAAGCACUAUUCCAAUAAACAAAAGUCCAAAACUAGCCAGUGAAUAUUGUAAAAAUAAUACUCCCAUAUUUUCCCCUCGCCAACAAUAA